GGAGCAGGAAGGAGGAAGGAGAGAGAGAGAGAGACAGAGAGAGAGAGAGAGACAGAGAGAGGAGGAAUGGCCGAAGCUCGGUCCGAGGAGGAGGAGGAGGUGAGGAGGGAACCCGCGGCCCGACGGCAGCCCAGCAGCGCUCGUCCCGACAGACGAAAGCCAGAGCAUCGUCACAGUCAGGGUCCUCUCUCGUCCAUCAGAGCAGCCAUCAAGAGAACCUCCAACAGGUCGACCUCUCUCUCUGAGCCGUCCAGAGAGCGAGAGAGAGACAGAGAGCGAGACAGGGACAGAGAGAGAGACAGAGAGAGAGACAGGAGGCGACCAGAGAUCACCAUCCUGUCCGCGGAGCCGCUGUCGUCCACAUCCUGGUUCCCUGGAGCUUCAGGGGGAUUCCCACCUCCACCUCCUCCUGCAGCUCAGAUCUGGGGACCAACGAUCCCUCCGUCCGUACAGCCUCCUCCGUCCUAUGAGGAGGUGAUCAGGGAGAAGACACAGGAGCAGGUUCUCCUUCCUCGUCCGUCCUCCUGCCCCCCCUCUUCGUCUUUGCCACGUCCAGCGCCCUCGAUAACGAUCGCCACCCAGACUGACCCGGGAUCAAACCCCGACCCCGAGGACUCUCAGGCGAGCAGACCGGUGAGACCGCCGCGGCCGCCCAAACCGUCCCACGUUGAUGACAUCACCGUCGCAGCCAGGCAACCAUCACCUGACCUCCUCGGCGAACUCUGCUCACCUUUGACCUCGACCUCUGGCUCUCAGACCGACCAUAGGGAUCAGUCUUUCGCCGCUGUUGACGUGGCAACCCCUCCCGCCACUUCCUCUAACGUCCCGUCGGAGCGUCCGAGGCCACGCCCCCGCUCCAGGGUCAGCGCUCGGCCAAUCAGCAGCGACGUCCGAGUUCAGACUUUGGUGAAACUGCGCGACGACGGCUUGGAGACGCUCGCCGCCCGCGAGGGAGCCCGCCGCCGCCGCCAACCGGGAGCGAGUCAGGGGAAGUACCUGCAGGAGCUGCUCGAGGCCUUCAGCGCCGACGACUGGGGCUUCCCCGAGCGCCGCAGCGACAGCAGCGGGCACAGCCAAUCAGAGAGCGAGGACGAGGAGGACAUGGCGACUCUGAAAGCGAGGAUACAAGCCUUCGAGCAGCAGCAGCAGGCGGCUGACGGGAGCAGCGGAGACGACAUCGUCCUCGCAAAGAGACCCGAACCUCGGCCACGCCCUCGUCUCCAGGGGCAACCGGCCAAAUCCGUCCCUCCCGCUAUAGCGCCGAAACCUAAAAACGUCUCACAGGCGCCCAAACCCUCCAGCCAGGUGUUCUGGGAGGACUCGGCUCUCACUGAGGCUCAAACGAUUCCCCCCAAAUCUGCUCCGGCUUUGGUUCCCCAACCCUGCAAAAACCCUGAAAAACCCUCAGUGUCACCAAAACCACAGUCCACCACAGACCCCCUCCAGUCCGGCACCUCUGCCCCCGUCCCCGCCCCGAGACCUGCUCCACCCAAACUCACCCCCUCCGUCAGCGAGCCAGCCGACCCCAAACCUCCGCCCAGACCUCCAGUCGCCCCCCGGGCCAGCCUAGGGGCUCCUCCCCAGGAUAAGAGCACCACAGCCGGGCACGCAACCCCGACUCUGCCCCCGAGACCUUCUGUGGAGGUUGCAGGUGGAGCGCAGACGGGAAACGACGAGACGCUGGACGUUUCAAACCAAACAGUGAAAGUAGGAAGUGUUCGUCCAGGCGUCCCGACCAAACCGGCAGCGCUGACCUCACCACGCAGAGCCAGCGCUCCAAAUCUGGCUCCGAAACCCGUCGGAGUUUCGCUGACGCCUCCGGAUCCAAAACCUACAGCUGCUGCCACGGCAACGGCACCAAAACCCUCAGGGCCGACCCCGGCUCCGACCCCGGGACUCAAACCCUCGGCUCCGUCUCCGGCUCUGAGGAGAGGCCCGCUGAUCCAGACCAAACCAGAAACUACAACCGCCGACCCUCCUCUCCCUCCACGGCCUUCCAGUGUGAAGCUCCUCCCCCUUCGUCCUCCGCCAAUCAAAUCCAUCCCCGGGCGCCCGCCGCCUCCAGCCGUCGGCUCAACGUCCUCGGCCAACCAGACGACGGCGACGCCUCCUCCGGCCAAAACAAGCCCCGCCCCCUCCGUUUCCUCAGCCGGCCAGUCUUCGUCUUCACAAACCGCUCCAUCGUCUUCUCCGGUAUCGGCCAAUCAGACGCAGCCUCAACGGGCGUCAAAGAGAGGGCCACCUCUGCCCCCCCGCCCAAAACCCGGACACCCCCUCUAUAACAGCUACGUGAAACAGGAAGUCCUGAUCGUCCUGGACGACCCGAGCCCCUCAGAGAGCCAAUCAGGUGAGGGGAGGAGUCAAACCGCCGUCAUCAGCCAAUCACAGUGUCUGCUGGACCUGGACACCCUAUCAGAGCCUGCUCCAGAUCAGGACGGCCAAUCAAAACUUUCCCUGGAGGGCCUCAGCCUAUCAGACUCCCAGUCCAUUCUGCCUGUUCGGCCCACUGAGCUGAAAGAACAGCCGGACCCUCCUCCUGUCAGCGGUCCUCGCUGCGUCGCCUUGUUCGACUACGAGGGAGAGGAGGACGACGAGCUCACCUUCUCCCAGGGUGAUGUCAUCGCCCUCCUGGAGCUCAUCGGGCAGGAGUGGGGGCGGGGCCAGAUCCACGGGCGAGUCGGGAUUUUCCCCCUCAACUUCGCCGAGGUGGUGGAGCCGCCGCCGAUGACGUCGCCGGAGGGAAAACCGUCGUCAACGGAGACCACAGUGACAGAAAGUACAACACCAAAGUCCUCACAGGACCCCGACUCAGAGGAGAAGGAGUGGGCCGAGGCUCUGUUUGACUUCCCCGGUCAGACUGCAGACGACCUCUCCUUCCACAAGGGGGCGCUCAUCCAGGUGACGGAGCACAUCAACGCCGAGUGGAGGAGAGGAAGACUGGAGGGGAGGGAGGGGAUCUACCCUGCUGCCUUCACACAGCCCUGCCAGGCUCAGCCAAUCACAGGCCGGCAGACAGCGGUUAAAGGAGUAGCCAAGUUUGACUUCACAGCGGAGAGCGAGGAUGAGCUCACUUCUAAAGCCGGUGAUGUCAUAACGCAGGCGGAGUUUGUGGAUGAGCAGUGGAUUCUGGGAGUUGUUGGCGGGAGGCGUGGGAUUGUUCCUAAAAACUACAUUUCACUUCUCUGAGGAGGAAAUCAUGAAAACAGCCAAUAGGGGAGAAAACUAGAAAACAACUUCUUCUUCUUUAAAUUUUUUUUUUGCUAGUUUGGUCGCUAAAUUGGAGAAACUGGAACUCAGACUUGUGAUUGGAUCGUCUGUUUGAUUGACGGACCUUUGCUGCUUUAACGCCGGAGCUAAACAGAUUUUUACGCCGUCGAUUUUUCUGAUUCCUUACGCUGCGUGGACUGGAUGUGACGUGACGAUGUUUUUCUUCUACUGACUUUUCUUUUAUGUCCUGACGAACCAGUGGAUUCUCACAAAAAAUCUGAACCCCUGAAGCUCCGACAGCUCACCUGUUUCCACCUUUCUCCAGUUCAAAUGGUUCAAAUGGAUCAAUAAGAUGGUGAUCGGACUCUCUAAAACGUCUAUAAUGCAUAAAAAACAUACUUUUAGUGCAUAAUAAUCUGCUUAAAACACUGUUUAAUUAUAGUUAUAGGCACAUAUUAUAACAAUAAUAUUAAUAACACAAUAUAAAGCAUUUUAUUAUUACUUAUUAGGUCAGAAACAAACUCCUAUUGUUGUAACACAUCAUCUUUUUAUUAUGUGUUAUUUUGUGUGAUUUAAUGAUAUUUUUUCACUUAACUUAAAGCAAAUAAUGACCACUUAUAAUAACUUUUAAUCACAUUAUAAUGCAUUAUGAAAAAGGAUUUAAUGUGUUACAACUAGGGGAAAUAUAACACACUAUGAUCCUUGCAAACAGAAAAGAAAGAAGAUAAGUGACCUUAUAAUAAUUAUAAAACGCUUUAUAUUGUGUUAUGAUUAUUGUCAUAAAGCAAGUAAAUAAUUUAGUGUUUAUAAGUAUAGUUAUACGAUAAGAUAAUAACUUUAUUGAUACCAAAGUGGGGAAAUUCAAUUGUUAUAGCAGCUCAAUAGUCAAAGACAAAAAACCCCACAAAUGAUUAAAUAUAAUGCAGGAUUAAAAAAAUACAAAUUAAAUUAAAUAACAAUAUAUCUAUGUAUAUAAUUCAAUUUUACACUUAUUGCACUGGAUAUAUAUAUAUAUAUAUAAAUAAAUGCACGGGUUACAGAAGUUGCAUAUAGUAUUUCAAACAGUGCUGUGAGCAGAUUGUUACGCAUUAUAAUUAUGUUUAUAACAUUAUAGACAUGAAAGUGUUUAAAACGGCUUUUAAAAAUGUUUUUAUGCGUUA